CUAAUGGUUCUCAGUUUGGCUGUGGCACCUGCUCAGUGAAAACAAAAUGUGACGUGGCUAAUCUUUGUGGACAAAAAGAAGGAGGAAAAACUGACUCAUUAAACUGUUUACUGGGAAACGAAAAGGCGUUUAACGUGAAGAAACGUACGUGCAAACCGGAAUAAAGAAAACAAACCUCUCGUGUUGUUGAUUUUGGGAAGGAAACUGUUAGCAGGCUGGGGUGACGUCAACUUUAACUGCUAGCAUCAAGACUUUGACAGGAGAAAAGGCAUGUACUAAGACAUCAAGAUGUCAGACAGCGAAACUACAGCGGCGGAGGUUCCAGAGGUGGCACCAGAGACUCGAGAUGCCUCUCCUGCAGAGACGCCCGGCAGCUCCUUGCCGACCACGCCGGACAACUCGACUGACGUGGCGCCGACGAGGAAAGCCAGGAGGAGACCGGACGUCGCGCCUGCAGCCGAAGCUGAGGAGACGCCCAAAGUAGAGGAGAAACCAGCAAAGGCGCCGACCCCCAGUGAGUCCACUGUGUCUCAGGGAGGUUGGGGAUACUGGGGCAGCUGGGGCAAAUCCAUUCUAUCCACAGCAACAGCUACUGUGGCCACUGUGGGCCAAGGGCUCACUCAGGUGAUAGAGAAGGCAGAGACAUCGCUGGGAAUCCCCAGUCCGACCGAACUGUCGGCCCAAGUGGAGGAAGAGCAGAAAGAGCAAGGUGAAUCCAGCAGUGAGACGGACAGAGCGCCACACGAAGGAUCGGCGGCACCGUCGGGAAGUGCGAUGGGCAUGCUGUCGUCGCUCACCAGCGUCGUCCAGAGCACAGGUAAAACGAUGAUCACAGGAGGUCUGGACGCUUUGGAGUUCAUCGGAAAGAAGACGAUGGACGUGAUAGCAGAAGGCGAUCCAGGCUUUAAGAAGACCAAAGGACUGAUGAACAGGAACUCCACUCUGUCUCAGGUGUUGAGGGAGGCUAAGGAGCGCGAGGAGCUGCAGACAGCCGAAAAAGAGUCUUCAGAUUCCCACAAGAAGGCGGACGCUCACUACGGGAUGCUGUUCGAUGAGUUUCAGGGCCUUUCACACCUCGAAGCGCUGGAGAUUCUGUCUCGAGACAGCGAGGCCAAGGUGAAGUCAGUGCUGACCACUCUAUCAGGAGAAGAGCUGCUUCAGCUCCGAGAAGAGCUGGAUCUUAUUAAGGACUCUUUCUCCCUGGUGGAGUUUGAUGAUGAGGACGUGGAUGAGAAGAAAGACGAGGAUGGCUCAGAGUUUGAGAGGGAGUUGACGGAGGCAUUGGAGGGUCUCAGUGUCACCGCCACGGCUGACAAACUCAGCAAGGCUUGUAGGAGCACCUGCAGCCAGAUCACUGACAUGAGCCGACCACAGGAGGAAGAGGAAGAGAGCGCAGACAAUGUCAAGAAAACCCUUACUGUAGAGGAGGUUCAUGCCGCAGCCAUCAGGAGUCUGGCGGAGCUGACGGCUCGAUCCAUCGAGCUUUUCCACAAACUGGCCGAGAUGAUCCUCUUCUCCAACAACGGCAGCACAGAGGCCAGCCUCCUCUCCCAGUUAACUGUCGUCCUGUGUAAAGAACUCUCACUCCUUUCCAAGAAGUUCACCUCCUGCUUAACGACGGUGGGGUCAAACGAGAAGGGAGAUGUCCUCAACCCGCUGAUAACAGGAGUCUUUUUAGAGGCGUCCAACAGUGCGUCUUACAUCCAGGAUGCUUUCCAGCUGCUGAUGCCCAUCCUGGAGAUCUCCCACAUCCAGAGGAGAGCUGAAUCCACCGAGCAGUGACCAGCUGGCUUCCCCUCUUCUCCCCCGCCCCCCUCCCUAUAUUGCUGCCAUGACGCUGGGACUCUGUCACAGCAGAGAACAGACACAUCUUUAAAACUUGUUUCUUUCUCGGUUUAAAUCGUCUGCGGCGGCUCUUUUACUACGUCUAGUUUUCAGCUCAGGACUAAAAUCAACUUCACACCUGUGAGGAAAAGUGCAUUUUUGUGAAACAGUGUUAACGUUUGUUGCUCGUUAUAACUGUUCAGCACAGUCGAUGGACUCAGUGUGUCGAGGAGGUCUGGAUCUACCAGCUGGGGUCAGCCCUAUGUUCCCACAGUCCUAUGUUCCCACAUUUCUUAGAUUGUUCUUAAAAUUAGGCCCUAUGU